AUAAACUGUAGAAGAAAAUUUUCUUGAUUUUCAAUCAUUCAUGUUUUAACAAGCAAAAAACAUAGUGGUACUAUUCUUAUUUCGCUCACUGUAUCAGAACUAAACUUUAUUUCUGAUUUUUAAAUGGAGAUAAUCACUGUAAAAUUAAUGAAAAUAAUUUUCAAAAUGUGUCUGCCGGUAUUUCAAAUAUCACUUAGGUAAGAGGUUUUCUUCCCUUAGAGAAAGCCUCGAAUGAUUCAACAGGACACCAGUCGGCACCGGAUUAGAGGAUAAGCUCUAAUCAGAAUCAGCUCAGCCUCCGACUUGAUUCAACAUCCCACCAAAUAUUCCUACUCUUAUAGUGGGCCUAGCAGCACAAAACCCCGAAACAUGAUCUCUUAACCACCGUGCCUAACACUUUCUCUUCACUUUUAUCGUUUCGCCCAACCAAACAACCAGCGUCUACGAUGUGGACUCGCUCCGUCACGUUUGGCGCGUAGGACCUUCGCCGAUGCUUAUUAGCAACACCAGUGGUGGCGUGGCCGGAAGUGGCCCCAAAACGACAACGACAAAGGCCAACGUCAGCAGCGGAAGCCUAGCGGAUGGUGGAGAAAACUCGGUAACGGCAACCCCUUCGUCAGCCAAACUGGUGGUGGACUAUCUCGGCAGCCUCGGUGACACGGCCGUUGAUUUUGACAUUGCACCGCCACGUGUGGUCGCCAAUUGUGGCAGUGACGUUCGUGGAAGGACAAGCAUCAGCAGCAGCAGCAACAGAUACGUGUCCGGCAGCAAAAGAUUGGGUGGCACCUCCAAUGAACAGCAAAAAGUCGAAUGGCCCAUCGUGAUCCUCCGGGGUGACGGAAACGUGUACAUUCUAUGCGCCGGAAUUGAUUCGGACAGGCCCAAACUGCAAGGACCACUUUCAAUCUUGCCACAAGUGAAUGACAACUAUGGAUUGGAUUCCUGUUCCCUGGUCGUUGUUCCGUCGCUUCCCCCCACGAUUAUCAUUGCAGAAAGCAACGGAAAGACCCACCACGCGCUGAUGUUGGAGGUUCAAGAUCCCGAAGAACGUUCCUUCACGGAACUGGAUUCAAGUUUGGUGAUUUACCCAUGUGAGUGGUACUUGCAAGUGCUGGAAACGGUUGAACUCGAGCUUGGACUGACUGGAGUUGACGAAACACGAUCCUACUCCUGUCCUAUUCAUUUGAAGAAGGAUCUUCUGAAUGAAUCUCGUUAUUUUGCCUACCACAAUGCGGGUUUACAUGCAAUAACGCUGGACUUCACCAGACAACUGUCCCAGUUUGUUGAAAGCCUGGAAGAUACUACCGAUAAGUAUCCACUUUUUAACACGCAUAGCAAUGCUGAGUACGUUGUCUGUACCAAGGCAUUCCAAAGUAAGAAUUCGAACCCCAUUCUAGGGUUUGCCCUUUUACAGUCCCCUUCGGGACAUGUGCUUCAGCUGGCCUCCGGUCAGGUUGUGAGCUUAGAUCUUAUUGCCGAUCACAGCAUGAUUCGCGACAUCAAAGUACAAACGUCUGCGAAGUCCUCUAAUGGAACAGACUCGCCUUUGAGAAAUUUACUAAAAGACUCCUUCCAGGAUCGCAUCCAAUCGAUCCUGAAGUCCGGUACAACGCAGCCCAUUCUUAAGCUGGACAAAUCAACCGAACCUUCCGCCCAAGAGUCGUUCGAACUGCUGACACAAGCCACUCGUAUGCUUCGAGAGCAUUACUUUGUAAAACAUGAAAAAGCCCGUCAGGAGAUCGCCCGACGAGUUCAUGUACUGAAGCUUCUCAAAGAACAACAGCUCGAUGAAAUCAGUCAACUUCAGUUGGAGAAACAGGAAAUCCGAGAGAAGGCGGAACGUUUGGCCGAGAACUACGAGGAUAUCUGCGAUAAACAGAGCGCGCUCUUUAAAAGAGCUCAAGAAGUGGUUCGCCUUGCCACCCUUCGACUACCGAAGGGAUCCUUCUCAGAAAAAACCUACGCCGAGAUGAUCGACAACAUCUCCCGAGCCACCAAGAAGCUGCAGAAGAAUGUGGACCUGGCCAAGCAAAAGAUCACCACCCAGCAGGUACAGAUCGAACAGAAACAAAAGUCGGAAAACGAACGGAUCGUUUCGCUGCCCAGCAAACAGGAGGAAAUCAUCAAACACAUCAUCAGCGAGAUGUACGUUCAAAUCGAGGGACAUGUAAACGACAUAAAGAAAGCCAACAACAUUCUCAAUUUGGCUUGAGAACUAUAAAAAGUGUCACACGUGUUUCGAAACACGUGCUCAUCAUAACUAACGAAAAGAAUCAUUUUCUCCUUUUACGUCCCAUUCAAGACUUUGAAAGCUACCUUUGUUGUCAAUAUUUGUUAACUGACAAUCUAAAUAUGAUGAAAAAAACCUUUCUUUGUCAGUUUUCGAACUUAUCACAACUCAUAUGUCUCAAUAAAUGU